AUGUUACCACAAGAACAAGCAUUGAAUAGUCUUAUGACAUUUCUUCAUGUACAUGGUUAUAGAAAAGUGAAAGGAAUUAAUCUUGAUACGAUAAGAAAAUUAGCUUCCAUUGUACUUCAAGAAAAUGUUUUUGCUUAUGGUAAAAAAAUUUAUAAACAAACAACUGGUGGUGCUAUGGGUUCAUCAUUUACAUUAACUUUAGCGAACAUUUUCAUGUGGGAAUGGCAAAAAAAAAUUAUUGAUGAACAAACUGUGACGGGUGAAUUUUAUGGCCGGUACAUUGAUGAUAUAUUUAUGACUUGGAACAAAUCUGAAAAUGAAUUAAAAGUUUUAUUAGAUGAAGCAAAUACAUGGCAUCCAAAUAUUAAAUUAGAUUAUAAAAUCGGCAAAAGUCUUCCAUUUCUCGAUGUUCUUCUUACGAAUAAUAAUGGUAUUCUAUCAACAUCUGUUUAUCAUAAACCAGCAACUGAACCUUAUGUUACACCAUUUAUAUCUGAUCAUCCGCGACAUGUUUUCACGAAUAUUAUCAAAACUUCUCUUACACGUGCUAUAAGAUAUUCAUCGACAUUUGAAGUAUUUAAUAAUGAACGACGUUAUAUUAAACUAAUGUUAUUAUAUAAUGGUUAUACAUCAACAUACAUUGAAAAGGAAUUUCACAAACAUCUUUCUGAACAUAUAUCUACAUCACCAUUUUUACCAUUAAUCAAUAAUGAAAAGGAAUUUAUUCUCAUGCGUAACAAACUAUUAGAUCUACCAACACCACGACAAUCACAAGUGGCAAUGAGUGCCGCUACAGCCGACAUUGACAACGAUCAAACAGAUGAUCAACCAAUAGGACCAACAGAAAUUCCAAAGAAACCAGAGACAAAACAAACUAAUUUUGGAAAUAAACUAUUUGUUCAUCGUACACAUGAAAAACGUUUUAAAUCAUACAAACAAAACAUGCAUCGAGUGUAUGAAGAUAUCUUUAAAGACACACCAGCUAUCCAUGCAAAACUUGUUGUGGGCAAUAGAAAUCGUCGGGAUACACAAAAUGAACUGAUACGUAAGCGACCUAAACAAACAUUAUUGCAGAACACAAUCACUAAAAAUCCACAAGGUGGAAAAGGUCCAUCAGAUAGAUAUGCUGCCGUUUUAAAGUCACACGUUCGCCGUUAUUUAAACGAAGGACACGAUGUUUCAACAGCUGCUCAAUUUGUAGCCGCAUGUGCUUCGCAUGGUGGUGUGAAAAAUGUUCAUGCAUUUGAAUGUGAAAUGACUCCUACUCGUUCGAAAACUAAAGUUAAAAUUAACGAUAUCACUAAACUACAUAAUUUUAUCUAUGAAUCGACUGCUAUUCGUUCGUAUCGCGCUUGGAAUAUAGGCAUUGGUAAGAUGAUUAUGCUUGAUGGAAAUUCACGCAUUUCGCCGAAUAUUAAUUCUCUCGUUUGCAUUAAUCCUUCUCUGGAACCAAAUCGACUCAUAAAUUCUUCUGUAGGCGAUCGGCUGAAUGAUACCGAGUCAUCAGUACCCAAAGAUGUUGAUGCUAACGAUCAAGAAAAGUCGAAACCAAAAUUAUUCUUUUGUGAUUACGAAGGAUGUAUUUGUCGCUUCCUAAACUAUGGUAAUCUUCUUCAUCAUAUAGUUAAUGGUAAUCAUAUUGAACGAGUCGAAAAAUUAUCAAUGAAAGAUCUCGCAAUGAUUACUUAUAAGUCCAAGCUAGAUGCUGCUGAGAACCAACAGCUUUUAUUUCUUGAAUUACAGAGAAUUAAUUUCAAUCGGGAUGAUUACAAUCAUAUACCAACAUUAAACCAAGGAUGUGCUCUCCCAUUAACUCGAAAAGUGCAGACAAUAUCUCCGAAAGUAAAGCAAUUUCUAAAGAAAAAAUUUGAUGAUGGUCAACUACAUGGAAUACGAUGGCAGCCUCAGGCAGUGGUCGAUGAAAUGAAAUACAGUCAAGAUCCAGAGACAGAGCUUUAUCUUUUUGAUCUAUCUGAGCUUGUUAAAGUGAGCACAGUUCGAUCAUUCUUCUCGCGACAAAAAGCAAACAACGACAAAGUAAAUAAUCCAAAACCAUCCACCUUGGAAGACAAUAGUCUUAUAACCGGUGAACAAUAUGAUAGUGAAGAGGAUAUUGAAGACGAAGCAUUUCAAGAACAGCUGGCCAUCGAUUUAGAGCUUCAGCUUGGUGAUAUUCGAUCGACAGCCAAUAAAGACAAUAUGGCCGAAAUUAACUUAGCUACGGCUACGUCAAAACGAGCAUUAUCGUCAUUUGAAAACGAAAAUUUAUCACACACGAGAAAAUCAUCUAGAUUUCCGCGAAAAAAGGGACAAUAA